AUGGCAACACAAUGUAUUGCAUCUGCCAACAUGGCUCUCCCGGGGCUUUUGCGCAGUGUCUUCCGCUCUGAGUUCCCCCGCGGUCUGCACGCUACUUCUGCGCACCGACUUACUUGCCCUCAACGAACCGUCCAACAACCACGACGAUUCAGCUCAACACCGCGAGUUUGCCAGCUCGGGCAGGAACAGUCAUCGCCUCGGCCAACUGAGUCCUCCCCAAACCAGAAGUCAGGAGACGUUGGCUCAAGUGCUUCGCCAAAACCUACACCUUCAAUCGCGAAGAGCCAACCAAAGACCAAGCGCGACGGCAAGGAAAGGACGAAAGAAAGCAAGAGUAUUGGCAAGGACUCAAAGUCUGACAAGUCGAAGAAGUUUCCCAUCGUCAAGAAGAAGACCGAGCAUUGGCAAAUUCAAAAGGAGGCGCUGGGCUCGAAAUUCCCUGCCGGCUGGAACCCGCCCAAGAAACUUUCUCCUGAUGCACUCGAUGGCAUCCGUCACCUGCAUGCUACUGCACCCGAUCGAUUCACAACUUCUGUUUUGGCAGAAGAAUUCAAAACUUCCCCGGAGGCCAUUCGUCGCAUCCUGAAGAGCAAGUGGAGACCGUCUGGGGAGGAGGUGGAGAGUCGGCGCAAGCGAUGGGAGAAGCGACACGAAAGAAUCUGGAGUCAGAUGAGCGAGUUGGGUCUCCGACCAUCCACCAAGGCGUCCCGGCCUGUGGGCGAUGCGAGCAGGCUGUUGUACAGUGAUGACGACAAGAAAUAG